AUGAAUACCAACUACCUUCCAUACUUCUUAUAUAAAUCAAAGUUUACAGGUAAUAUGUGGAAGCUGAUGGUCCACUUAAUUUGGGUUUUGCUUCACGGAAUAAGUACAUAUGGAUUUUUUGACAUAUUUGAAUAUCCUCACUCAGCAAAUCUCACCAUUGAUAAACAUUUAUGCAGUGGAGCUGGGUGUAUUAAAAAAGUGAAAGUAUCAUUCCCUAUGGUAGGACAUACACAUGAAGACGUUGAUCAGGUUUUUUUCAAGUCGGGCAAGUCGAGUUUAGCUAGUAACCAAGUCAAAAGUCCGACUUUUAAAGUGAAAGGUCGCAUGGCUCGCAGACCUCUGCCUCCAAAUCAGUGGAACUUAUUUUAA